AUGCGCGCCAUCGUGUGUCCCGGUAACCCUGAUGUCACGUGUGCGUACGACGUGUUUUGCAGUGUUCUGGCAGAGAGGGGUAUAGAGGCGACGGUGCUCAAAUACGAAGGCGCUCCAGAAGAGCACUACGACAAUCUGCGCCAGCGCCUGGCGGGUCAUCGCGACGCGGUGCUGAUCGCGCACUCCUACGGCGCCCUGCACGCGCUGCGACUGCACGGCGAGGAGCCCUUCCGGGCGUGCGUGCUCGUCGCGCCGUUCCUGAUGCGGUCGCCGAACCAGCUGUCGAGGUGGGUGCUCUGGUGGGCCAGCUGGGCGCUGGUCCGGUGGACGCUCCUCUGGCUCUUCACCCUGGUGCGCCUGGCCGUCAGCGAGGGCCUCUUCGUCCACCUCUUCGGCGCGGGCAGGGGGGCCGUGCCCCCCGCCGAGGUCGAGCGCAUGCUGCGCCUGGCCGCCUGGGAAGCCGACCACAUCGACUCCAUCACGGAGUUCGACCCGGAUCGCGUCAAGCACCCCGCCACGACGCACCUCACCUGGAAGCACGAGGCGUCCCAGCGCGUCUUCUGGGCAGACGCCGGCCUGCUCGACCUCUGGCCUGGGCCCACCCGGACGGCGGACGCGCACCACGCCUUCCCGGUCGUGCCCAGGGAGUCGAGCAACGUGGCUCAUGCCGUCGCCGAUGCAUUGAAGAGCCGCUAA